UAUUCUAAAGUUGCAUUGAUUGGUAUUGGGAUGUUGUAUUAUUUUAUUUAACUGUUUAACAUAGAAAUUUCUCGUCAUCAAUGCUUUUAUAACAAACGUGAGACUGCUAAAUACCCAGCACUUAAUAAAGUACGGAUUUGUGUGUUGAAGUGACGUGAAGUUCCAUAAACAUUCGCUACGUCUCUGAACCGUGUUAGCGUGCGUAACUGUUUAGUAUUAAAUCCGUUUGAUAUGUGCAAUCAGUGACUUUUGUUUUGAAGAGAUGGCUAGCCCGUCACCUCAGAGCAGUCCGAUGCCGCCACCGCAGGCACCGAGCCCAAUGGGGCCCCCCACUCAGAGUCCGGCUCCGCCACAGUCCCCGCAUAGCCCCUACAACCAACAACAUGUCAACGGGCCGCCUCCGUCUCACCCUCCUGGUGCCGGACAGCCGCCGAUGCCUAAUCAUAUGUCUCCAUCAGGGCCAGGGCAUCCUAUAGCAUCAAAUUCUAAUGGGCCUCCUGGUGUACCACAGCAGCAUUCCGGAAUGCCACCAACUGGACAUCAGAUGCCUCCGCACAUGGUUGGACCUCAUAUGCCAGGCCCACCAGGACAUCCAAUAGGUCCUGGAGGUGCCCACCCACCUGGACCCAAUGGCCACCCUGGUGCCCCACAGCAUCCGAUCAUGCCUGGACAGGGUCCACCUCAUGGAUACAUGCAACAUCAAAUUGGCCAUAUGCCACCUGGACAGGCACCUAUGCCAAUGGGUGGAGGACCACCACCUGGUAAUGGGCCGCAGGGUCCGCCUGGAGCUCCAGGGGUGCCUCUACCUCUAUCGGGCCCACCAUCGCACGGAGUACACCCGCAGGGGAUGCCGCCUGCCGCUCCUGGCCACAUGUCUUCGCACCAUCCGAUGAUGCCAGGGCAAGGCCCUCCACCGCAUGCUGCUUCCCCUGGAUAUGGCCACGUUCCUCCUUCCGGGGCUGCAGGAGGCCCGGCGGCGUCGCCUUCAGGGGCACCUCCUACUGCUCCGUCUCAGGGCGGUGCUCCUCCACAUCCGCCGGCUGCACAGACACCUCCGCACGGACAGCCACCACCGACAUCCUCGGCGAACGGCCCCCCACCUGCGUCAUCUCCAAUGCAGGGCUCACUACCGGCACCCGGUCCUGAUAACCUGCACGCCAUUCAACGAACGAUUGAUUCUAUGGAAGAGAAAGGACUACAAGAGGACCCAAGAUUCUCGCAGUUGUUAGCACUGAGAGCACGCUCAAAUCCUGGUCAGGACCCCAGCAAGGGUUUGUUUAGCAACAAUCAGCUCUGCCAGCUUAAGGCUCAAAUAACAGCAUACCGAAGCCUCGCGAGAAAUCAGCCACUGUCACAGCAGAUAGCUAUGAUGGCAUCCGGCAAGCGCACUGGAGAGACACCCCCAGAGUGCCCUACUCCUCCAGCUCAGCCCCCGUACGGCGAAGGGCAGGGCGCGCCACCUAGUUCCGCGGCGGGGCUAGGUGGACUCAGCGCCACCGGGGGCAAGGCGGGGGCCGGCGGCGCGGCCGGAGACGCAGCCCGCGGCGGCGGCGGUGCUCCUCCCACUCCGCUCCCGAUGACAGGCCAGAUGGCACCUCCAACGCAACUUACUCCACCUCUAGUAAAUCCUCCCGUAAGUGGAGGACCACCUUUGCGUGGACCCGCACCAUUGCGUCCGCAAGCUCCGGGCACGCAGCCUCAACAUCAGCCAGGGGUUCCAAUACCAGGAACCAAGCAGAAUCGUAUCACCAGUAUGCCCAAACCUGUGGGAAUUGAUCCUCUACAGAUCUUGAAUGAAAGAGAAAAUAGGAUUGCAGCGCGCAUCGCCCAUCGCAUCGAAUUGCUCUCCAAUCUGCCAGCCAACAUGCCAGAUGACCUCCGACUGCAAGCACAAAUUGAGCUCAGGGCUCUUCGAGUGCUCAACUUCCAGAAACAAUUACGUUCUGAGAUUCUGGGUCAAGUCCGCCGCGACACGACAUUAGAAACAGCCGUGAACAUCAAAGCGUACAAGCGUACGAAGCGACAAGGGUUGAGAGAAGCUCGCGCUACAGAAAAGUUGGAGAAACAACAGAAACUGGAGGCAGAGCGGAAGCGCCGACAGAAACACCAAGAGUUCUUGCAGACUGUGUUGCAACACGCUAAGGACUUCAAGGAGUACCAUCGCAAUAACAUGGCGAAGCUGUCACGUAUGAACAAGGCUAUCAUGAACCAUCACGCUAACGCCGAGCGGGAACAGAAGAAGGAACAAGAGCGCAUUGAGAAAGAGCGUAUGAGACGUUUGAUGGCGGAAGAUGAAGAAGGGUAUCGUAAACUUAUUGAUCAAAAGAAAGACAAGCGGUUGGCGUUCCUUCUGUCGCAGACCGACGAAUACAUCGCCAGUCUCACGGAGAUGGUCAAGCAACAUAAGCAGGAACAACGUAAAAAGCAGCAGGAAGAAGAGCGCAGGAAAAGGAAAUCGAGAAAGAAGAAGUUGUUGGAAGGCGGCGAGAUCGAUGCAUUGGAUGACAGCUCGCAAACAUCAGAUUCGCGCGUUAACGUUAUGGAUCCUAAGACUGGCGAAAUACUGAGGGGAGAAGAGGCGCCAUUGUUGUCUCAGUUGAAGGACUGGAUGGAGACUCACCCCGGCUGGGAGGUAAUGUCAGACUCUGAGGACUCUGGAGACGACAGCCAAGACGAUGACGAAAAGAGGAAAGGACAUAGAGAUGAGAGGAGUGACAAAGAGAAGACUGAAGAAGAGAAAGCACGGGAAAUGAUUAAGAAGGCCAAGGUCGAAGACGAUGAGUAUAAGACAGAAGAACAGACUUACUACAGCAUUGCUCACACAGUUCACGAGUCUGUUACUGAACAAGCCAACAUCCUCGUCAAUGGUAAACUUAAAGAAUAUCAAAUCAAGGGUCUGGAGUGGCUGGUAUCUUUAUUCAAUAAUAACCUGAACGGCAUUCUAGCAGACGAGAUGGGUCUCGGUAAGACCAUCCAGACUAUAGCGCUGGUCACAUAUCUAAUGGAGAAGAAGAAAGUUAACGGACCUUUCCUCAUUAUUGUACCUCUGAGUACUCUAUCCAACUGGGUGUUGGAGUUUGAGAAGUGGGCGCCAACGGUGUCAGUAGUGUCGUACAAGGGAUCCCCUCAGUCGCGUCGCCUCGUACAGGCACAGAUGAGAUCUACCAAAUUCAAUGUGCUGCUUACAACUUAUGAAUAUGUUAUCAAGGACAAGGCUGUACUGGCUAAGGUACAGUGGAAAUAUAUGAUAAUCGACGAGGGUCAUCGUAUGAAGAACCAUCAUUGCAAACUGACACAAGUAUUGAACACGCACUACAUAGCACCGCACCGCCUGCUUCUAACCGGUACCCCGCUACAGAACAAGUUGCCGGAGUUGUGGGCACUACUGAACUUCUUGCUACCCUCCAUCUUUAAGAGUUGCUCCACAUUCGAACAGUGGUUCAACGCACCUUUUGCUACAACUGGUGAAAAGGUGGAACUGAACGAGGAAGAAACUAUCCUCAUCAUUCGUCGUCUACACAAAGUGCUGCGUCCAUUCUUAUUGCGUAGGCUCAAGAAAGAGGUAGAAAGCCAACUGCCUGACAAGGUGGAAUACAUUAUCAAGUGUGAUAUGAGUGGACUACAACGUGUCCUAUACAAACACAUGCAGUCUAAGGGAGUACUGUUGACUGACGGCUCAGAGAAGGGCAACAAAGGUAAAGGUGGUGCUAAAGCGCUGAUGAACACCAUCGUACAGCUGCGCAAGCUUUGCAACCACCCCUUUAUGUUCCAACACAUUGAGGAAAAGUUCUGCGACCAUAUUGGCACGGGCGGUGGUGUGGUCUCAGGACCGGACCUAUACCGAGUAUCUGGUAAAUUCGAACUUCUUGAUCGUAUAUUACCGAAGCUGAAGGCAACUGGGCACAGGGUUCUGGUGUUCUGUCAAAUGACCCAGUGUAUGACCAUCAUUGAAGACUAUCUGUCCUGGAGAGCUUUCCAAUAUUUGAGAUUGGACGGUAUGACAAAAGCUGAAGAUCGUGGUGAGCUGCUCAAGAAGUUUAACGACGUCGGCUCAGAUUACUUCAUUUUCUUGCUGUCGACCCGCGCCGGUGGUCUCGGUCUCAAUCUGCAGAGUGCUGACACUGUUAUCAUAUUCGACUCCGACUGGAAUCCACAUCAGGAUCUCCAAGCGCAAGAUCGUGCCCAUCGUAUCGGGCAACGUAACGAGGUGAGAGUACUUAGGUUGAUGACCGUCAACUCAGUGGAGGAAAGAAUUUUGGCAGCAGCUAGGUACAAAUUGAACAUGGACGAGAAAGUCAUUCAAGCUGGUAUGUUCGAUCAGAAGUCGACAGGCUCUGAGCGUCAACAGUUCCUUCAGAGCAUUUUGCACCAAGAUGGGGAUGAUGAGGAGGAGGAAAAUGAACUUCCUGAUGAUGAUCUAAUCAAUGAGAUGAUAGCAAGAUCAGAAGAAGAGUUAGAAAUCUUCAAACAGAUAGACAUUGAGCGCAAGAAGAAUGAAACACAAACCCGACUUAUUGAGGAGUCGGAGCUGCCUGAUUGGCUGGUUAAAAAUGACGACGAAGUUGUUUGCAAUAAGGGGCAAGGCUGGAAUUAUCUAGACGAAGACGAGACACUAGGCCGUGGUUCUCGUCAACGCAAAGAAGUAGACUACACAGACUCUCUUACGGAGAAGGAGUGGCUAAAGGCCAUUGACGACGAAUUUGAAGAAGAGGAAGAAGAAGAUGAUGACGAUGAAGUUCUUGACAAGAAACGGAAGAAGGGUCGUAAACGACGCCGCCCUGAUGAAUCUGAUGAAGAAGAGGCACCGAGUUCCUCGAAGAAGAAGAGUAAAACUGAAAUUAACCAAGUAAAGAAACGAUUGAAGAUGAUUAUGAAGAAAGUUAUAGAUUAUACAGCAAAGGAUGACGGCCGUGUGUUAUCUGAGCCAUUCAUGAAACUUCCGUCACGCCGCGAAUUGCCAGAUUACUAUGAUAUUAUCAAGAAACCUUUGGACAUUAAGAAAAUCAUGAACAGGAUCGAAGAUGGCAAGUAUAAUGAUAUAUCGGAUCUCGAACGGGAUUUCUUCACAUUGUGCGCUAACGCUCAGACAUACAAUGAAGAGCAGUCCUUGAUAUACGCGGACUCGGUGCGUCUUCGCAACGCGUUCAUUGAAAUACGGCGUCGUUAUGAGAGCGGACAGAACUCGGACGACUCGGAUGAUAAUGAUAAAGAUGAUGAAGAUUCGGAUGGCGAAUCUAACCGCUCUGUCAAAAUGAAGAUCAAGUUGAAGGGUAAAAGCAAAAGCACACCAUCCAGGAAGCGGAAACCACGAAAGUAUGUCUCUGAGGACGAAGAUUAUGAGGAGGAUUAAACUCAACUCAUUGCAUUACCCUUCUAGUAACUAACAAACACUUGAUCAAUCAUGAUAGGAAAAUUUUAAUAAGCCAAUUUCAAUUCAUAGAUUUACCUUUAGACAAGAUUCAACUAUAUCGCUUCAUGUAAUGGAAUAAUUAUAAUUUGACAUUAUUAUUGACAUUUAAAAUAUUUUUCUUGCAAACAAUGAUUUCUUCAAUACGUUAAUGAAUUAUCUCAUCUGUAUUUAAAAAUAUUACAUGUUUACUCUAGUUAAUAGAAGGGAGCUAGGAUAUUUCAGGUAGUUGCACUUAUGGUAACUUCUUGUUAGUAAUUAAGUAUAUUAUUAGUAGUAAUAGUAAUGAAAUAUUGUGGUAUCCCUAGAACACACUAAGCAGAAGGCACUGGUGCUUGCAUGUGACGUUUUUUGGGACUAACUUAAAGUAUGCCUACAGUUAUGGAUAAAAACUGACUUUUAUAAAAUAUUCAAAUUACUUUAUAAGCUUUAUCAACUUUGAUUAAACACAUUAAUAUAUGAUUUUAUCUAAAUUUAUCAGAUAAAAUACCAGACUUUUAUCUUAUGGUUUGCCUAAACUGGCUGAAUACCUGGUUACAUUUUUUCACAAAUAUUAUUUUAUGGCAAUGAUCAUUAAAUUUUUCUAUUAAAAUGUUACUUAAAGUAAGACCUAAAUUAUUUGACAUUGACUCUGAAUAACAAAAAUAUUUUUAUUCUCUAGACAUCAAAACAAUGUUUGGAAUUUAGGUAUUUAGGGUUAGAGUAAUAGGAUUUAUGUAUGUGCUUUGGCAUUCAAAAUAAAUUUCUAUGUUUAAA